AUAUCAUUCGAUCAUCAUCUCCUUUCAGUAUCUCCUUCCGAAAUACUCCCAAGACUGAAGAACUUCAAAGGUGCGAUUGAAGAACCAAUUAAAAUUAGGGUUCUAUGUCUAUUCGAUUAUCUCCUUCCAGAAAUACUCCCAAGAGAGUCUGAAGAACACUUCGAAGGUGCGAUCGAAAGGUUUAAUCGAAGGUGCUGCUGAUUGAUUCUCUCCUUCGAAGGUGCGAUUGAAGAGAUCAAAAAAUUCCCAAAUGGAAGAGCUGAAAUCAGCUAUGGGCGAGCACAUGGACCAAAUGGCAGAUCUAGUCGAGAAACUCACUGCCGAGCUUCGCUCCGGACUUCGACCGGCUUUCGACAACUUCAUCGGCUUCUUCCAUGCCAUUGAUUGGACGGAACCUUGGUUAAUAUGCUUGAUGUCGUUCCAUGUUGUGUUGCUACUAGUAGUAAUCAUCUCAAGGAAGAAUAUCAAUUUCCAGAUGUGUUUGUUUCUUCUUGCUCUGGCUGGUGUAUAUUUUGCUGAGACACUUAAUAGUUCUCUGAGAGACAACUGGAAAAGCUUUGCGGGUCAGAAUUAUUUUGAUCCUCAAGGACUCUUUCUCUCAGUGCUCUGGUCCGGGCCUCUUCUUGUCAUUGCAAUAAUAAUAUUGGUAAACACCCUCUUCUCCUUAUGUUAUCUAAUUGUGAGGUGGAAAAGAGCAGAGCUCCGACACCGUGCAAGACUUUCACAUAACAAACAGGAUUGAUUUACUCUUCUGCUUCACUAGCCAAGUAACCUCCUUUGAGUUUGGAAAAGAGGCGUAUCAGUCAUGGAGUUUAGUUGUAGAAGCAGGACCCCUCCUGGUUUCUUCAUGAAUAUUUUUUUCGGUCUUUACUUUUUUUAUUUUUUAUCUUCCUUUUCUUUGGGUGUCAUCUUGUUUUUAAUUUGAGUGAGACAUUUACCUUUUUUUCCCCUUGUUUUACCCUCUGAAAUUUUGAGCACUACAGGCUAUCAAACAAUUGAGCUACACAUACUACUGUUUCUAUUAUCAUCAUCCAUGCCUACUCUUC